UUAUGAUAAAUAAUUUUUUAAAUAUAUAAAAUUAAUUAUAUUAGAAAUUGCUGUUUUACUUUUUAAGUCAUUACAUAAUAUGUGUAAUUAAAAUUUAAUGAAAAUUGGUACUAACUGAUUAAUUAACGUUACCAAUUAAAUACAGUUUCCUGUAGCACUUUAUUGAUUAAAUUCAAAAAUCCAAAUUUUUGGUAGGUUAUGUGAUUGGACUGCGAUUGAAUAUAAUUUUUAAUAAAAGGCUUAAUCAAAAUCGAUAUGUAUUUCUUAGGAAGCUGAAAAAGUGCUGUAAUUACAAUUAGCUAAAAAGAAACUCUUCAUAAUGAAGUAAAUAAUUCAUAGUACAAAGAUGGGAAAUACUGAAAAGUAUAUAACAAUUUCUUUGGCUGCAUUUUUGUGUUAUUGUAACACACUUUACGGGACUUUUGUAUUCGACGAUAAUGAAGCUAUUAUUAAGAAUAAAGAUGUAAUGCCUCACACGCCACUAAUUAAUAUUUUUAAAAACGAUUUUUGGGGCACUGACAUUACUCUUAACAGCAGCCACAAGUCCUAUAGACCUCUUACGAUAUUAUCUUACAGAUUUAAUGUUCUAUAUUCCAAAGAUAAACUUGAUGCGUUUCAAUUUCACGCUACAAACAUAAUCCUCUACGGUCUUCUCUGCCUACUAACUGUACCUGUUUUUGAACUGUUUUUAAAAAAGUCCAAAUAUGCAACAAAUGUCCACGAUAUAGCCUACUUUUCCAGCCUGCUGUUUACUGUACAUCCUGUACAUACGGAAGCAGUUGCUGGUUUGGUUGGGAGAGCUGAUAUUUUAAGCUCGGUGCUAUUUUGCAUCAUAAUUCUGUUGUAUCACAGAGUUAGGAAUACAAAGGACGAAGGAGUCGUUUUCUGGUUUUUUAUGAUAAUUUUUCUAACAGCUUGUGCUGUAUUUUGCAAGGAAACUGCUAUAGCUGUACUGGGUUUAUUAAUAUUCUAUGAUAUAUACAGAGAAAAAAGGAAAUCCGUACCUUGGAAGGAUAUGCUCAAAUUCAAUUUAAUUGUGAGAUGCGUGAUAUUAAUUUUGGCAGGAUUGGGGAUCAUGUAUUAUCGCUUGAGGAUCAUGAAUUUCGAAGGUCCCAUUUUUACUGAUAACGAUAAUCCAGCGGCUCACGCCCAAAAUGCGUUUGCAAGGGUGUUUACGUUUAACUACAUUUAUUUGCUAAACUUUUUGUUGCUUCUGUGGCCCGAAUGGUUGUGUUUCGACUGGUCCAUGGGAUGCGUUCCCCUUAUUGAAUCGCUGUGUGAUAUCCGUGUAGUAUUCGUUGUCCUGUUUUGGUGUCUGACGCUGUUCGGGCUGUUCUCUGUUCUACGUCAAAAUUACGUUAACGAAGUUUUGGAUGUGAGGAUAAUGGGGAUAUGCCUGGUGGUGUUGCCGUUUCUACCGGCUUCGAAUAUUUUUUUUACUGUAGGUUUCGUUAUAGCCGAAAGGACUUUGUUGUUACCGAGUGCUGGAUUUUGUCUAUUGGUGGUCGUUGGUUACAGGAAGUUGUUUAGAUUUACCGGAAAUAAGAUAUGUUCGUGUUUAUUCUACAGCCUUUUGGCGGUGUUCAUGCUCAAAACGGUAACGCGAAACAUGAACUGGCUCACCGAGGAAAAACUCUUUUCGUCCGCCUUGGACGUGUGCCCAUUGAACGCCAAAGUUCACUACAAUAUCGCCAAAAUAGCGGCCGACAAUAAUGAUAAACUUUUGGCGUUGCGAGAGUACAGCAAAGCCAUCGAACUGAAUCCGAGAUACGAACAGGCGAUGAACAAUUUCGCAAAUUUGCUCAGAGAGAAUAAAAAGUUCCGCGAGGCUGAAGUGUUGCUGAGGAAAGCGGUGGAAAUUCGUCCGAAUUUUGCCGCGGCUUGGAUGAAUUUGGGGAUAGUUUUAACGAAUUUGAAUCGACCGGAAGAGGCGGAACAUUGUUACAAAUUGGCGAUAACGCACAGAAAGAAGUAUCCCGAUUGUUAUUACAAUUUGGGAAACUUGUAUUUGGAUUUAAAACGGAACGAAGACGCCCUAAAGGCGUGGGAACUGGCCGUUCUAUACAGGCCCACGCACGUCGCUGCUUGGAGCAACACCCUAGUACUGUUGGACAGCAUGAAAAAGUACGACGAAGUGUUGGAAUUAGGUCGGACGGCUCUCAUACACAAUCCCAAAGCUCCCGCCUUACAUUUCAGCUUCGCAAACACUUUGGGGAAGAUACAACAAUUCGAAAAAGCCGAAGGGCAUUUUUUGCAAGCCAUCAAUCUCAAUCCGAACAACGGAUUGUACUAUUCAAAUUUAGGUGUUCUGUAUCACAGGUGGGAUAAGAAGGAUAAGGCUCGUCAAAUGUACAAAAAGGCGUUGGAGAUCGAUUCGAAUCUCAAGUCGGCUGAACUGAAUCUAAAAAGACUAACAGCAAAAGCUCAACAAUAAUGUGAA